AUGUUUGUGCAAUGCAAGAUGUUGUUGUUACUUGUGCUACUGCCCUUGCAACUAUCUUCGGUUUGGUGUCAACUUUCAUGGUGUAAUCCGGAGCUAUGUAAUGAUCGUACCGAUGUCAAGCAUAUUGCAUGUGAAAAUUAUGGUUUCUUCGCACCUCGUUGUCAACCAGAUGCCACAAUGAUCGAUAUAAAUCCCUAUCGGCAUGUCUUCGUUGAUGAGCACAAUAAACGACGCAAUUUGAUUGCCUCCGGACAACUGCCCGGUUACUAUCCAGCCUCAAGAAUGGCCACAAUGGUAUGGGAUGAAGAACUGCAAUAUUUAGCCGCUCUAAAUGUACGCACCUGUAUUCUGGAUCAUGACGACUGUUAUCACACCUAUCGCUUUAAGAAUUGUGGACAAAAUCUUUGUGCCAUUUCACGUUUGAAAUAUGACGCUCUGAAUGUAACCAGUCUAAUUGAUGAGACAAUACGUCUGUGGUUCGAUAAUGAACAUCAUUUGGUGGAUAGUUCAUAUGUCACGGCUUUCAGAGUGGCACAUCAUUUUGAAGACUAUGGCCAUUUCACGGAAAUGAUUGUUGAUCGUAAUAUCCGCCUGGGAUGUGCCAUCAUGCAAUAUACCCGACCCGAUUAUCCCUACGUGCAUGUGUAUCAUGUGGUGUGCAAUUAUGCUUCAGUUUACGCACUGGGUGCUCCUCUCUAUAAUGUCGGUCGUCCCGGUAGUGGUUGCAUAACAGGAGUUAAUCCACGAUACCCGGCCUUGUGUUCAGUCAAAGAAUAUUUUGAUCCAAAUUAUUAA